AUGGAGGAGAGCAUUCAGCACUUUACUGACAUUACUGGAGCGAGCGUCGAUGUGGCUCGAGGCUUCCUAGAGAUCACGGGAGGUGAUUACCAGCGGGCCAUUGAGCUCUUCUUUGAGAGUCCAGAUCUGGUCGGAGCUGGCGUAUCCAGCAACCCUCCCACCACCUCGACGGCUCGCCCUCCUGCACCACGCAGAGUCAACAUCGGCAGAGAAGAUGCCAGUGGAGUGAUCCACAUCAAUAGUGACGAUGAGGACGAGGAGGAUGUCGACAUGCAAUACCACGAUGAUGCCUUCGACGUCGACGAGGACGAGCGGGUUGCCGCUGCGCAGGCUGCCGCUUUUGCACAAGAAGAGGAGGAUGCUGCCAUGGCAAAGCGUCUACAGGAGGAACUAUACCAGGAAUCGGGAUCAGCUGGUGGGGAUGUCAGGGCUCCUAUUGCUCGGACGACAGAGACGCUUGUGGCACCAGACCCAUCCUGGGGAGAAGAGGAGAGCUCAGCUAUCCUGGAACAACUGAGAAGGAGGCGACAGAUGCCUCCUUCCUCUAGAGGGCCAUUCGGUCACCGGAUAUGGGGAGAUGAUACGAGAAGUGCCGAGCCCGCGGGCGAUGACGAUACAUCCGCUCAUGCCCGGCGCCUGGAGGAUUUGUUUCGACCGCCCUACGAUCUGAUGUCUCGAUUAUCAUGGGAUGAGGCCCGUACGCUGGGCAAGGAAGACAAGAAGUGGAUAAUGGUUAACCUACAAGACAUGAGCGAUUUUAGCUGUCAGAUGCUUAACCGAGAUAUCUGGAAGGACAGAGCUGUGAAAGAGCUGGUCAACGAAAACUUCAUUUUCCUGCAGUUGGACAAAGAUUACCCCGAUGCGGAGGAGUAUAUAACAUUCUACUUCCCCAACCGGUCACAUGAAAAUCCAGACAACUACCCUCACGUCUCCAUUGUUGAUCCUCGAACUGGAGAGCAGGUCAAAGUAUGGAGCGGGAAGCCCUUCCCCAAUGCCAACGAGUUUCACGCCGAGGUGGCCGAAUUUUUGGACCGAUACAGCCUCGCAGCCAACAGCAAGAAUCCAGUUGCUAGGGCGCCCGCUCGGAAACCUCAAGUCAUUGACGUGGAUCGAAUGACAGAAGAUGAGAUGCUGGAGAUGGCGCUCAAAAACAGCUUGGCUGGAGCUCAGAGUGGCGGCUCGGGAUCGGGCUCGGGAUCCACGCCAAGUGUUCAUGAUCCUGAUGCAUUGACUAAGGAGGAAGCGAAAAAGCCUGAAGAACAAGAGUCGCAGAACCCAUUUGCCCAGAUCUCUAGCAUAAACCCUCAUGUGGAACCUGAUAACAACCCCUCUACAACGACACGCAUUCAGUUCCGACACCCUGACGGUCGCAUCAUUCGGCGGUUCAAUUUGCAGGACCCUGUUCGCAGGAUAUAUGAAUGGCUCAAGGCGGAGCCGCUGCAGGGCAAGGAAGGGAUUAUUUUUGAGCUGAAGCAGAUGCCCCAGGGACAAGAUCUUAUUGAAUCAUUGGACUCUACCAUCGAAGAGGCGGGCCUGAAGCAAGGGACAGUCAUGAUUGAGUUUAUUACGGACGAAUAA